AUGGUCGUCACUCAAUUCUUCUUCCUCUCAUUAUACUCACCUCUGCUCCUCAGUCAUCUCAAUCAAAUGUAACCUCGCACCUUUUUCCUUUUAUACAUUUUUUUUUUAAAUUUCUUUGAAUUAUUCUGGGCUCUGGUAAAAUAGCACCGUCUCUAUUUUAUUUUGAGUAUGAAAAGAUCAUCAUUAGUAUCUUCAAAAGGUAGAAGCUUGAGGAGGGAGAAUGGGAAGACGAACAAUGAAGAAGUGGUUGUGAUCGAGUGGGAGGUGAGGCCUGGUGGUCUGCUUGUUCAGAAGAGAGGAGCUGGUCCUGUAAGCUCUGCUGGUCCAAUGAUCAAGAUCAAGGUUUCCCACGAUUCUUAUCACCACGAUGUAACUGUUCCAUCUCAGUCAACUUUCGGGGAUCUAAAACGAAUUCUUGCCAGUAAAACUGGCCUAGAGCCUAUGGUGCAGAGGCUGUUGUUUAGAGGAAAAGAGAAAGAUGAUGAUGAAUGUCUGCAUAUAGCGGGCGUAGAAGACACGUCAAAAAUAAUACUUCUGGAGGAUCCGGCGAGCAAAGAGAGAAAAUUUGAGGAGAUGAGGAAACACCAGGAUCCAGACAAAGCAUAUGAAGCUGUUGCCAAUGUUAGAGCAGAGGUCGAUAAACUCUCUGACAAGGUUGUUGACCUGGAGAAAGCAGUGCAAAGUGGCAAUGAUAUUGCGGAGAAGGAAUUUGUAGUCUUGACAGAACUGCUGAUGAUUCAGUUGCUUAAACUGGAUUCUAUUGAGGCAUAUGGAAAAGCAAGAGAACAGAGGCGGAUUGAGGUGCAUCGCGUUCAAAGUUUUGUGGACAAGCUAGAUAAUUUGAAGGCAAGAAAUUGUAUUCCCUUCAGCAACUGUGGCAAUGCUUCUUUUGUGACUGCCAAAUGGGAGACCUUUCAUUCUGGAUUUGGAAGCCUUACUGCACCAAAACCCUUCCAUCAUUCGCCGAAAGUUUUUGAGGACUGGGAAUCAUUUGACUAACUCGAGAGAUGGUUUCUAUCCUUGAGUUCCCAGAGACGGGGUGAAGGCUGCUGCAACAUUUUUCAGUCUGAAAUCCGAUCAGCAUAUCCUGUCACUUUUUGGUUCUUGUAAGAUGCUAUUUCCCAGGGAUCAUCUGCUAGACUGUUUCUUAUUCUGUGAGAUCAUGAAUUUUGCCAUCCUACAAUGUGUUCUUUAACUGGUCGGAGCCUGCUUGCCUUGUGCCAAAGACAGCUGCAUUCUGUGCAUACUUUUUUGCUAAUGAACUACUGUAAACCAAGGUUGGAACUGUCGAGGCUUUUCUUUUAAUUCACUUAGAUCGUACUUGUACCAACAUACAGUAUAUUAUUUGGAUAAAACAGAAACCAGAUUCCGA